UGUAAAUUGUAGAAGAAGCAAACUAUAAAGUAAAGUUUGAGUUGAUUAAGACGCGAAUUUAUUUUUAAGUAAAAUUUUAACUGCGCGGCUAAUUAAACCCUAUUUUAUUAUUGUGUAUUUAAUUUAAGCGAGACAACUUAUUUUACUCUAAGUUAAAUAUGUCGUUAGCUAACUGGAACGUUAAUAAUUAUAAAACAGACUAUGAAAGUGAAGAGCAUUGGGAACUUAGAAAAAAAUUUAUGGAGGCAUAUAAAGACAGAUUUCCAGAAGAUGAACUAGUCUGCUUAGCACAAGUAUUUGUUAAUGUUGAAUUUAUGGGAUGCAAAUAUCCAGAUGAAACAAUGAAAUUAGUUGGUGAACUAUCACAAGAUGUUGCUAGUGAAUUUAGGAAAGAACGAGCGGGAAGAUUAAAAAGAACUUUUGUUCGGGCGUCAGAUGCAGCCGAACAAAAAGCAAAAGGCAAACGCUUGAAGAAUGCAAAUACAAGUAAUACUUUUAAUAUAACAGCAAUUUUAAAAAAUACAAGAAUUAGUGAUAAUUCAGAUACAGACGACGAUAAUGAAAGACCUUCAUUUUCCGGUGUAAAUAAAAAUUAUCAAAAUCCUCGCUUAAAAAAUAAUUAUUGGAAUGCACUAAAUAUUAAACAAAGUAUAAAAGACGAUGAUGACGCAUAUAAAUUUUUUCAUAUUUCGGAGAUUUCGGAUUACAAUGAACAAUCUAAAACCGAUAUUUUUUUAUUUUCGAGUUUGAAAUAUCAAAAUUUUAUUUUAAUGAUUACUGGUGAUCGUAAUUCGAUACAUACGUCAGCUACGAAAUGCGGAUGCAGAUAUGAAGAAAAAGAAAGAGUGAAUGAAAAUGGAGAAAAAAUUUGCGAAAUUACAUUGAAUGGGAAACCAGUUUCUGAAGGUAAGGGUCCUUCAGGAAAAAUAGCUAGAAAGCUAGCAUUUGAUGAGGCCAUGAAAGUUUUACAGAAAGAAUGUUAUUCGAUUAAGGUAAAGCCCAAUCCCGAGAAGAUUAACAUAUCUAGAACCAAUGAGACUAUUACGGCGAAAGUGGAAAUAACAUCAGAAUUUUCCAAAUUAGACUCGAAUAAUAUUGGAUAUAAAAUGAUGCAAAAGCUCGGGUGGACUGGUGGAGCUCUUGGCGUUAGAACUAAAGGACGCGAAGAGCCUAUUGAUUGUCUGACAAUAAAAAAUAACAGGAAAGGACUUGGUAAUGAAACUGAUGAGAUAAAUGCAAAUUAUUUUAGAAAAUUAUUGAAAAGCUACACAGCUUCUGACGAUAUUCGAGAACUUCAUUUUGAUUCAUGUUUUACAAAGGAAGACAGAGCUAAGUUGCAUCAAAUUGCCACCUCCAAAAAUUUAAAGUCAACAAGUUAUGGUAAAGGUAUUGAACGUUAUUUAGUAGUUAGUAAGAGAACUAUAUCACCUGAAAAUAUUAUUAAAGAAGUUUUGAUAAAUAAGAACCCGAUGUAUAUAAACAAAUAUGAAGUAAAAGUCCCAGUUAGAAAACGUAAACAUUUUCCGGAUCAUGUUUUUGAAAAUGAUUUAUUAAAUGAUGACAACUAAACUAUUUAUUUUUCAUUAAAGUAUAAUAGUGCUGCCGAGGACUCAAAGUGAUUUUAUUUUAAGUAGGAAUUUUAACUUUUUUUUCUUAUAAUAUCAUUGAUAUUGUAUAAAAAUGACAUUACAAAAUUUGUAUAAACUGAUAAAAUAACUUGUAUUUUGUGUUCUUCAAUGCAAGUUUGAAUAAAAUCUAAUUUAGAUGAACUUUUAUUUUAUAA